UAUAUUAAAAAUCAAAAUUUCCAAAAUGGCGAAUGAAACCCCUCACGCACCGACUCAAACCUGGGAAUUAAGUCUUUACGAACUUCACAGAACUCCACAAGAGGCAAUAACUGACAAUACUGAGAUAGCAGUUUCCCCUCGAAGCCUACAUAGCGAACUUAUGUGUCCAAUAUGUCUCGACAUGUUAAAAAACACAAUGACAACAAAAGAAUGUUUGCAUCGGUUUUGCCAAGACUGCAUCAUAACGGCUUUGAGAAGCGGAAACAAAGAAUGCCCGACAUGUAGGAAGAAAUUAGUGUCCAAAAGAUCGCUCAGACCAGACCCCAACUUCGAUGCUCUUAUCUCCAAAAUUUAUCCCAGCCGAGAUGAAUAUGAAGCUCAUCAAGAGAGGGUUUUGGCAAAGUUAAAUAAACACCAUAGUACAGCUGCUCUUACACACAGUAUUGAAGAAGGUCUGAGGCAGCAAGCAUUAAACAGAGCACAGAGGGUUCGUAAGCAAGCUUCGGACACAGAUUUGGUACUGAGAAAUGAUACUGGUUCAUGUACAUCUAAUGACAACACUCCAAGAAAGAAAAUCAAACAGUUCUCAGAUGAUUCCAGUACAGAGAAUUCUCUCCUUGAUGGUUUACCAGAGUCAAGUCAGCCAGAUGUUGUACCACAACUGAAUGAGAUUGAACUUGUAUUUAAACCAUACCCAAAAGAAGGUGCUGAAAGGAGUGAUGAAUCAAGAUAUAUCAAAACUACAGCAAAUGCUACAGUGGACCAUCUGUCAAAGUAUUUGGCUAUCAGAUUGUCUCUGGAGGUACAGAAUGAUGCAGAUCCUUCAUCAGCUGAUGAAAGCAAAUAUGCCAUCUUUAUUUACAAUGGUGCAAAUAAUUACACCCCCCUGCCAGGGUGUAUGACACUUGAACAAGUGAAUGACAAAUAUUGGAAUGUUAAUAAACCUCUUGAAAUGUUUUACGCAAGACAGAAAAUAUCUGCAGAAUCUCCUGUUAAAAAAGGCAACGAGAAAUGAAGACUGCAUUGAAACAGUAUUGUUAAAUCAGUUGCACAUUGGACUAGUGCUUCAGAUAGGAGACCCUGUACAUAGCUUUGUACAUGCAUUUGAUAUCAGCAGAGAGAUGUACAUGUAUUUAAUACGAGAGAGAUGGAACUCUGUAUAUAGCAAAUGUUGGAAUAUGUCUAAACAGUUAUUGAUGCUUGUGCCAUGUUAUACAUCACUUCAGUGUGUGCUUUUAUUGUCAACAUUUAUGUGAAUAAUUAAUACUAAUAAAGAUUCAGCUACAAAGUGAAUAUGUUGAAUUAAGCAUACCAAAAAUAAAAUGCUUCGGUUCCUGCAGUGUUAAUGAUACAAAACAGAGGCUUUGUGACAUUGUCUGUGUUGAUGUGAACGAUACAUGUCAGAUGAUUUGUGACAAGACUGGGUUGAUGUAUACAAAAGUGUACGAUACAAAGCAGAUGCUUUGUGACAUUGACAGUGUUGAUGUGAACGAUACAAGUCAGAUGCUUUGUGACAUUGACAGUGUUGAUGUAUACAAUGCAAGACAGGUGCUUUGUGACAUUGACCAUGUUUGUGUACACGAUUCAAAUCAGAUGCUUUGUGACAUUGUCUGUGUAACACUGUGGUACUGUUGGUGUAUAGUUUGUAUGAAUAUGCUCUGUAGUGAGCAGAAUUGAGCAGAAAACGUGUAACUCAUGUUCCAUAUACUGUAAUAAAAUCAGUGGAAAGAAAA